AGAUUCUAAACAAUUUUUCAAUGGCAGCAGACCCAAAAAAACCCUCCACUUUAAAAGAAGCCGACGAAACGCCGCUGUUUCCUCCUGCGAAACCCGGAAAACGAGUAGACUAUGGAACAAACAACACCUUGGAACUGCUAGAACGAAUACCCAGCCAAGUGGUGGACCUCAAGCUAGACGAUGUCCUCACGGCGGUCAAGGAGGUGGACAACCUGUGCGACUAUCCCCGCUGCAAGACCAAGACGAGCCUGAUGGGCCAGGACUGUCAGCAUUGCAAGAAGAGAUUCUGCUUUAAGCACGGCUUGCCGGAGGUUCAUGGCUGCGGCGAGGAGAUCAAGCGGGACGAGCGGAAGAAAUUCCUGCAUCCCAAGCCGGCAAAAACCAUUCGCCAAGAGGAGGAUGUGAAGAAUGCGAAGAAGCGACUGGAUGCCAAGUUAAAGGACAUGCAGGUGGGACGCAUGCAGAAGGCCACCGGUGGUGGGAGCGGAGGUUCCAAGAAGAAAAAGGGAAAAUAGUCGCAUUCUGACAGAAAUUUUAGUUAAAAAACGUUA